AUGGAGGGCUGCAUCACUGAUCCGUGUUGUUUAGUUAUCGUCCCGCUUCGCAGCAUUGUAGAAGAGCAAGUAAACUACAACGAUUUUGGCAUGACAGCCAAAGGUUUCGAGAAAUUGAGCGAAGCCUUAAAGGACAUUAAAAGCAACAAAUACAAAUUAAUCUAUGCCUCCGCUGAGCAAGCUUUAUCGAGCGAAUUUCUCAGUUUGCUGAGGGAUGACUCCUCCGAGCUCAAGAAAUCGUUGUCGCUGAUCGUGGUGGACGAAAGUCACACAGUGGAAACCUGGUAAGUGGCGAGAAAUGCAAGGUUAACCGCUUUCUAGCAGAUAAGAGGUCAUUUUUUUGCGAUCAGUGGUACAAUAUAUGUCACAUUUUAUAUUUUGCCUUUCAUUUGUUUAACAAAAUCGCACGCGAUGUCUUUGCAUGUAUUAUUAUAAGCUAGCUAUUAAGCCUUUCCCAGUGAACCUUUUACUGAGAUUUUAAUUUUAAGAGAACUAUCGUACACUUCAGGGGAAAGGGCAAGAAGAGAGGAAAGAAGGUUUUAGAACCGUUUAGAAAAGAUUUUGGCGAACUGUCAACUCUUCGAUCCUUUUGUAGUGGUACGUAUUAGUAAUGCUUUUGUUUAUCCAAACUUAGAAGUUUUACUGUUUAAUUUUUCGUAUUUCGAUUUUGAUUGUUUGUAAGCUAUAAGAUGCAAAGCUUGUCACUUAAGAAGCUCAGCCUCUCUUCAUCUGUAUACCUCUGUGUUGUAAAUUCCGUAAGUUGUUUGCAAAUGAACGUUGAAUCCUGUAUUGACUUGUUGUCCAGAUUUACAUUGCAUGACAAAUAUUUGUUAUCGAUACAAUCCUAAUAUGUAGAGUCAUGCUGAUUAAAACAUGUAGUAAGAUUUUCCUUAAGAUUCUUACCUUUUUCUGCAUACAUUAACAUAAUACUAUGUAACAAAUAAGUUUGAAGCAUGUAUAUGUUGCAGUUAAAUUCUAUUUUUCUUCUAAAUUAUAUUUCUAUUUUUGGUUUUAAAUUUAUUAUCAUACCAUACCAUACACAAAACCAACGGAAAAUAAAUUCUAACUGGAAAUAAAAGUUGGGUCUGUGCUUUAAUCAUUUAAACAUUAUUUGCCUAAUUUCUCUGAUAUGUUUUCCUUUUAUUUUUCUAGGUGUACCCCUAUUAGCAAUCACAGGAACUGCCACAAAGCUGAUGCAAACCACAAUUAUGCAGCAGCUUGCCACGGGAGAGAACACUGUGAUGCUUAACAUAAGUCCGAACCGUGAGAACAUCAGGUUCUCUGUGAUAAAAACUACUAAGACUGACCAGCUUGGUUACCUUGGAUGGUUAAUAGAUAUAAUCAAAGAAAGACACUUAUUGUCUCCAAAGACAAUAAUUUUUUGUGCCACAAUGCAUGAUGUUGCAAAAGUGUUUGGUUUCCUGCUAGCUGAGUUAGGCGAUUCUGCGCAUGUGGCAGAGAAGCCAAGAAUCCCGGAGAACAGGUUGGUGGGAAUUUACCAUUCCAUGACUCUCCCUAAAUACAAAUCUAGGGUUUCACAUUCAUUUAAAGAUAAUGUGGGACAAGUCCGUAUUGUUAUUGCAACCUCUGCCCUCAGCAUGGGAGUCAAUUUUCCUGAUGUUAGAUACGUCAUCCACAUUGGCCCAGUAAGAAGUGUUGUGGACCACAUACAGGAAGCCGGAAGAGCUGGAAGAGAUGGUGCCAGUGCACAUAAUGUUGUGCUAUACCAUGGUAAUCAGCUCCCCCAUUGUGAAGAAGCUAUCAAGCAAUUUGCACGUUCAGGGAGUUGUGUCAGAAAAGCUUUAUUAAGGACUUUGAUGAUGUCCCAAGCAAUAAUCCUCCACAUGAAUGCUGCAGCAGCUGUGACAACAAUUGUUUAUGUUCUGGUGAGGAGUGUAGUCGCGAAAGAUUUCCUUUUGAUGAGCCAAAAGGGAUGA